AUGAGCUUCAAUAGAGGUCCCGCUUACGGCUUAACCGCGGAAGUCAGAAAUAAGAUUGCACUGAAAUACGACCUCCAGAAGGAGGAGGAGCUGAGGAUUUGGAUCGAGGACCUGACAGGCGAAUCUAUUGGCGCCGACUUCCACAAUGGCCUCAAAAAUGGAGUUAUCCUGUGCCAGCUUAUUAACAAACUCCGGCCCGGUUCUGUGAAAACCAUCAACCGUUCGUCUCUCAACUGGCACCAACUGGAGAACUUGACCAACUUCAUCACGGCAAUCAAAGCGUACGGCCUGAAGCCCCAUGAUACUUUUGAGGCCAAUGACGUGUUUGAAAAUGGCAACAAGACGCAGCUACAGACCACGCUGCUGGCACUGGCGAGCAUGGCAAAGACCAAUGGCACCCAGUCGCGAAUUGACAUUGGCGUGAAAUAUGCAGACAAGCAGAGGAGGACAUUUGAUGAUGAGAAGAUGAAGGCUGGACAGUGUGUUAUUGGCCUCCAGAUGGGGACCAACAAGUGCGCCAGCCAGGCAGGUAUGAGUGCUUAUGGCACCAGGAGGGAUUUGUAUGACCCCAAAAGUAAAAUGCUGGCACCCGUGGACUGCACCACCAUUAGUCUGCAGAUGGGAACCAACAAGGGAGCAAGUCAGGCUGGAAUGACCGCACCAGGGACAAGACGCGCGAUUUACGACCACAAACUGGGCACAGAUAAGUGCGACAACAGCACCAUGUCCCUCCAAAUGGGCUACAGUCAGGGAGCCAAUCAAAGCGGCCAGAACUUUGGUCUGGGCCGUCAGAUCUACGACGCCAAGUACUGUGCCAAGGGAAACGUCUUGGAUGAAACCAAUGGAGCGAGUGGAGCCUACAUCCCAGACUACCAAGAUGAGGGUUACCAGGGUUACCAAGAGGAGGAACAGGUCUAUAGGGAUGAUGGGACUGAUUAUUAG